AGUUGCCCCCGACUGUUGGUCGUUUCCGUGUUCCACCGCUCGCCUCCAUGAGGCUUUCACUGAAUAAUCUCCAAAGAGACGUGCAGUAAAAUCUCCUCAGACCCGUGAACAGCAGUUAUCAGCAUGGUGCGCGUGAAGCUUCGACUCAUACCGAAGACAUUUGUCGUCCUGUGCAUCAUCACAGGUUCUGUGUAUAUCAUCUGGUUACGGCAAAGCUUGCAUCGCUGUCGGUCCUUGAUUCAAAAGCAUCGGAAGUCUUUAGAAGUUGUCAUCAAUCCACAUAUUUACACAUUCGUCAUCAACAGUCCCGGAAAAUGCAGCGGUUCAGACGUGUUUAUGGUCGUCAUGGUAACCUCCGCGCCGCAUAACCACGCCCAGAGACACGCCAUCCGUCACACCUGGGGCAACGAGAGUAACAUUCCCGGAACUGGCAUUAAAACUGUCUUCGCUGUGGGGACAACAAACGACGCUUCCACACAACAAGGACUACACUACGAAAACAAGAUCCACAAAGACAUUAUCCAGGAGGACUUUCUCGAUUCGUAUAAGAAUCUAACUCUUAAGACUGUCAUGUGUCUAAAGUGGGCUUCAGAAUUCUGUCCCAAUGCCAAGUUCGUUCUAAAAGCUGACGAUGACACGUUCGUCAAUAUAUUUAGCUUAGUACGAUAUCUAAGGGAGUUAGAUUCAGCGGCGGCGAAGCGGUUUGUGACAGGGUAUGUUUACAGCGGCGCGCGGCCGAUUAGAAGGUCCAAUAGUCGGUGGUACCUCAGUACGGAAGUCUACCCCAGAAAAUCGUUUCCCGAAUACCCUGCUGGAUUUGCUUACGUCAUUUCUAAUGACAUCACGGGCCUGAUCUACAAGGUUUCGAUGACCUUGAAGUAUAUAUUUCUCGAAGACGUGUUUUUGGGACUUUGUUUAGAAAGACUAAACGUGAACGUUCUGCACGACAAACGCUUCAACCCUUGGACGGGAUCGCCGUCCUGCAAGACCGGUAAAGAACUGGCGUCUCAUUGGGUCAAAACCCAUGAUGCUAUGGUUAGGGCGUGGCAUAACGUCACUAAAUGCUAGGCAACGUAACUGUUGAAACUGAAAUGGGAUCGCUAUUUUUAAUACCAAGAAAGAUGUGACUGUCUAUGUGUAAUAUUUGAGAACGUGGCCGAUGCAUAUUUUUAAAAAUCCAUUCAUCGUUUUCUUUAACCUCCGUGGACGGAAGUAUUGUGUUCGGAAUGUUUGUCUUCUAGUGUGUUCCUAGUUAUUUAGAUACAACAAAGUAACAAUGAGCAUUGUAUCCAGAACCGUGCAUAUCUAGUUUUAUGCCUGAUUGUGCUAGCGAGAGGACCAGGCACGGUUUUGUAUAGCGUCUCCAUAUCCA